AUGGCCGGUCGGACAUACCAGCCCGCUACUUAUGACACGGCCCCGCGGAAGGAGCAAGCUUCAGUCAGCUUAGUGUCGAAAAAUGACGACGCCCACGUCGGAUAUGUGCUGCCACAGCGGCUGAACGCCACCGGGGUACCGGAACAAGACUCUUACGCCCACCAGUACAGCAGUUUAGCAAAUUCCACUUCACGCGGCUUACUUACCCCCGGUAGUGUGCAGGUGUUCGUUCAAUAUUACGCGCGCGAAUUAAGUACAGCUUUCUACCUGGGCAAUGGUCCUGCGCGAACUCCCUAUACGCAGUAUACGCAGUAUAUACUACCAAUGACCAAGAGCGUUCCCUGCAUUCGGUACGCCGUAGGGGCGACGGCGUCUUGCCAUAUUGGCAACAGACUUCAAGACAAAAAGUUGAAAAUACAAAGUCUCCAUUUGCGGUUGGAUGCCACGCAGGCGCUCAGACAGCAACUAAGAAAUGACAUCGAGGAAACAGACAUUUCUAGUAUUGCCUGUAUGGUGUUACUUGCCCAGCUCGAUCUCUGCUCUGGGGACUGCCUGGAAUUUGGAACACACUUAAAAGCAGCGAGUGAGAUCGUGAAGCGGCAUGGUUCGGAUGGAACCGAGCAAGGCUUUUUCCAACAACGUCUUGCAUGGCUGGAUAUCAUGGGCUCGACGACAUCGUCACGAAUGAUACAAAUGAAUCCUGAACAUAUAAAAGCUUUCUUGAACAAAUUCAAAACCCCAUCCGGUCGCAGAUGGGGAUUCGACGUUUUCGACUGCCCCAUCGAUCUAUUUGAGUGUAUUGCAGACAUUGCUGUAUUGCAUAAGCUAUACAUGUCUUCAAGAAUCUCAUCCGAUGUGGCCUUGAGAGAGGCCAUCGUCCUUGGCAAUGCUGCUAGGACGUGGACAGGAUCUGAUAUCCUGUCCAAUCAACGAGGAGACAUGGUCGAGCCGCUCCUACUCCGAUUGCCAAUAAUUGCUCGAUAUCUAUUAUCUCAAAGAAGAUUCAAGUACAUACGACCACAGGGUGUGGAAAACAGGGCUUCCCGUCCGCUCAGCCGUACUUAA